AUGGCCGGCGCGAAGAGGUCUCGGGGACGUCCAAAAGCUACGGUGUCUCCGGUGCCAACUCAACCCUCACCACAUGUGGUUCAAUCCAUGGUGAAUACAGAGAAACAAGAUGAAGAAGGAGAAUCAGAGAGAAACAAGAAUGUAGGGGAGACUGAAGACGAAAAUGUGAAGGGGGAAACCCUAAAAGAAGACCAAAAUGGGAAACUGGAAAACCGAAAGUUAUGGGUUGAUGUAAUCAGUGAGAAUUGGAACCCGACAAAGGGGAGAAGUAUGGAAUAUGUCACCCCUAAGGUCAUGAAGGAGAAAUAG